CAACAAUCUCAGAUGAACAUCAAUUAUGAACAACUCCUCGAAGAAACCAAAUCAAAGGUAUUGGGACUAUCAGAGUUAACACCAGAGAAUCAAUGGGUUCAAGAUUCUGUUAAAGAUGGUUGCACUAUCCAUACAAAGCUGAAUCCAUAGAACGAGUUAAAAAUCAACAGAAUCGAAGCACAAGUUGAUGUUGACCCAGAGGCCUUUAUCAGUUUGGUUACAAAUAUGACCAAAAAGAAGGAAUACGAUUCCAAUUUCGAAGAGGUAUUAUAUGGAAUAUUCCUCAGGGAAGAGUUAUUGAGUAGCUCGAUCAAAAUACUACUAUAUAUUAUGCAAGAGGAAAACCACCUGUAUUCAUUGUUGAUGCUAGAGACUUCUGUGUUAUUACGAGAGUUUAUAAAUUGGGAGAUGGUCAUUAUCUAGCUAUUAGUAAGUUAUUAGUAAAUAUCCUGUAGCAAAAUCAAUUGAACAUCCUUAAGCACCCUUAGUUAAAGGAAUUUAAAGAGCUGAAAUGAUAUUUGCUGGUUGGAUAGUCAAAAAAUUACCAAAUGGAAAAACCAACAUCAUUAUGAUAGGCCACAUGAAUCCAAAAGGCGAUAUUCCUAAGGCCAUUGUCAAUUAAGGAGCCAAGUUUUAAGUUGAAGGUUUAAAUAAGGCGUUGAACUAUUUAAACAAAAAGAAACAGUGAUUUAUUUAUAAUAUCCC